UCUCCUUCCUGCAGGGUUCCCAGCACCAUGAGGGCCUGGAUCUUCUUUCUCCUCUGCCUAGCUGGGAGGGCCUUGGCAGCCCCUCAGCAGGAAGCCCUGCCUGAUGAGACAGAGGUGGUGGAGGAAACCGUGGCAGAGGUGACCGAGGAACCUGUGGGAGCCAACCCCGUCCAGGUGGAAGUAGGAGAAUUUGAUGAAGGAGCUGAGGAAGCUGAAGAGGAGGUGGUGGCUGAAAACCCCUGUCAGAACCACCACUGCAAACAUGGCAAGGUGUGCGAGCUGGAUGAGAACAACACCCCCAUGUGUGUGUGCCAGGACCCCACCAGCUGUCCUGCCCCCAUUGGCGAGUUUGAGAAGGUGUGCAGCAAUGACAACAAGACCUUUGACUCUUCCUGCCACUUCUUUGCCACAAAAUGCACCCUGGAGGGCACCAAGAAGGGCCACAAACUCCACCUGGACUACAUCGGGCCUUGCAAAUACAUCCCCCCCUGCCUGGACUCUGAGCUGACCGAAUUCCCCCUGCGCAUGCGGGACUGGCUCAAGAAUGUCCUGGUCACCCUGUAUGAAAGGGACGAAGACAACAACCUUCUGACCGAGAAGCAGAAGCUGCGAGUGAAGAAGAUCCAUGAGAAUGAGAAACGCCUGGAAGCCGGAGACCACCCCGUGGAGCUGCUGGCCCGGGACUUCGAGAAGAACUACAACAUGUACAUCUUCCCUGUGCACUGGCAGUUCGGCCAGCUGGAUCAGCACCCCAUUGACGGGUACCUGUCCCACACUGAGCUGGCCCCACUGCGUGCUCCCCUCAUCCCCAUGGAGCACUGCACCACCCGCUUUUUCGAGACUUGUGACCUGGACAACGACAAGUACAUCGCCCUGGACGAGUGGGCCGGCUGCUUCGGCAUCAAGGAGCAGGAUAUCGACAAGGAUCUUGUGAUCUAAAUCCGUGCCUCCUGCCACAGUACCGGAUUCUCUCUCUUUGACCCACCCCUUCUUGUUUUCCCCCAAUGUUUAAAAUGUUUGGAUGGUUUGUUGUUCUGCCUGGGGACAAGGUGCUAACAUAGAUUUAAAUGAAUACAUUAACGGUGCUAAAAAUGGAAAUUGUAACCCAAGUCAUGACAUUCUUAGUUGUAACUUCGCUAUCAAGGCCUUUUUUGCUCACGCAUUAAUGGACCCAUUUUUCUCUUGCCGUUUGCAGCAUGCCUGUUGUCUUACUGGCACACAGGUGGAAACUCAUCUGCUUGGCUCUGCCUUAAACACACACUGCACCUUCAAAUUUUCUCUCUAUCUUUCUGUUUGAAACUAAUACUCACCAAGUUGGACUUUGUAUUAAUUUUAUUUCAAGGUAUCAGCUGCCUGAGAGUCUUCUCCUGGUGGCCUGGAGUUGGGCAAAGGGAAGUAACAGACAUAUGAUGUUGGCAAGGACAUUUUGGGGACUAGGGGACCAGUGGUGGGAGAAAGCCCUGCAGAACCCACCUGCUGGAACUGCAGACAGCACGUCUUGUUUGCCUGGUGCUAUAACUGAGAGAAAGAUUCUGGGGCCGUGUUAAGAAAAUACAUAAACUCUCACCUAAGCCCAGUUCCCCACCAUUUCCUCCCUCACCUGUCAGGGCAGUUUCUUUUCAUAUUCGCUGUUUGUUUAAACUUUUGGGGUGCUGUGGCCCAUCAGUGCAUGGGGGUGGAUCAGCACAUCCCAUGGGCUGCUUCCCUCCUAGCUGUCUUUUGGAGAGUCAGGCCUCUUCUCAGGGCUCCAGGGACUGGGAGGUUGUUUCAGCCAGGGAAGCCAAAAUCAAGAGUGAGACGUAGGAAGCUGUAUAAUAGAAAAAGUGGGGUUGGUGAAUCGGUUGUUUUGUUUUCACAUUUAGAUGGCUGUCAUAUGGUUUCUAGCAUGUUCCUGCUUUUCUUUCCCCUCUUUUUUCUUCUAUUAAUCAAGAGAAACUUCAAAGUCAAUGGGAUGGUCGGAUCUCACAGGCUGAGAACUUGUUCACCUCCAAGCAUUUCAUGAAAAAGCUGCUUCUUAUUAAUCGUACAAACUCUCGCCGUGAUGUGAAGAGUUUGACAAAUCUUUCAAAAUAAAAAGUAAUGUCUUAGAAACUGC